GGCGUCGCACAGGCAAUUGAACCGCAUCUCACAGCACACCAGCUAGCACAGCAGGAUUCGCACACGCCGUCUUUCAUCGUGGACGGCAGCAGCUGCAGAGAACGUUAGGUAGAUGAAUGUUGUUUGUAGAGCUGGACGGGCCCGCUCCCACCAGGUGUUGUUUGGGACCCAACCUCGACUCCCUUUGGGGUGUGGCAAUUCUCCUGCGAUGGCAACAUCAGCAGCACGGACAACAUCUGCAGCCGUAGCAAUCGGGCAGCGCUCUCUUGCGCGAUCCCCGACAGUUCUCCUUGGAAGAAGUGGUGCAAAGCAUGCAUGCAGCAGCUGGGUACGCUCUAGAGCAUCACCACCUUGGUCCUUUGCGAGAGCUGGGAGGCUGCCUCGGUCGCUUCAGCACGGAUCGAGCGUAGUGCCUCCGUGUGCAUCAUGGGCGAACCAGGGUGGCCGCCGUGGUGUUGGUGCAGGCAAUCGGGCGCUGUCUUCCUUCCUCCCUCGAGGAGGGCGUUAUUCGGACUCUAUGAUCGUCUAUGGUGUGGUUGGGCUGAACGUGGCCGGAACGGUUGCAAUUUACCUCCACGAGACUCAGGGCGCCGGCGGUCCUUUCCUCUUUGGUAACUUCAUGGUGUCGACCUACACCACGCUGAUGCAGGGGAGGCUACACACCCUGUUGACAUCCAACUUCAGCCACAGCAAUCUCUGGAACGGCGCCAUCUUCUCCUACAUGAUGUACACGCUGGGGCCGACGGCAAUCCAGCACCUGGGCAGGCGGCAGUUCCUGGCGCUGUACCUCUUGGGCGGGGCUUUCUCUCAGCUUUGCCAAGUGGCAGGGCCGGGCAUCGCCAGCCGACUGGGCCUCCCCUCCGUCCUCCAGGUCGAUCCAUAUUACUUCAGUUCCGGGGGCUCCGGGGCGACGCUCGCCGUCCUGGCAUGGUACUGCGCGAGCUUCCCCAGCAGCCAAAUCAUUCUGCUGGUGGUACCUGUGCAGACGGGCGUUGCGGGAGCGCUCUACCUGGGGGCUACGCUGUAUCAGGUGGUGUCGAACGGGGCGGGGGUGCCGUUCCUUGGGGGACCCACGCAGGAAAUUUGGAGAACCCUGGGAGCGGCCGCAGCGGGAGUCGUGGUGGCGCUAGCGUCGCGGGGAAGGGGCGGCGGGCGAUACAAGUUCAUCCAGAGAUACUAGGGGCGAGGGAGAGCAAUGUUUCGGCGUUGAAAGUUUGCGUUUGGCGUGUAUUGUGUACGCAGAGCGUUCCUGGUGUGGGCUCCGGCAAGUCUCGGUCUUUGAGUGAAUACUCGUAUUUGUUAGGCUGUCCUGCUUUGCCGCGUGCAUUACCGAGAGGAAUGAUGGCCGCAGUGAUGUAUCCGCGCGCGCAACAGCUAUACUUUGGACAAAGGAGGGCCUGCUAUGCUUCGAGCGGCGGUGUAAGGAUGGGAGGGCUCGCAGGUUCAGCUCAAGAAUGUGGCGUUUUGCUUUCCGAGCCAGUGGCUGCCCAUGUUGAAUCUGUAUUGCAAUUGUAUGUCUGGGAUGACUCUACAUGUAGUAUUUGUUGUUUUUGUUGAGAGCCUACGGACAACUUCUAAAAUACUUGCUAGAAAUUAUUGUGGUGGCACUACUGCACCUGCUGCUGCUGAUCCACUGCUGCUGGUCCUAGUGGUCUGUCUCCGUCACUGGAACAAGGUUUUGAUGACACGCCCUUGACGCGGUUUCAUUGAUUGACUUGUCCAUCAUCUCGGACCACCUACUGUACGCGAACAACACGCAAGCACUCCGCAGUUUGCAUCUCGUGUUCUCGUCAAGGGCUUUCUUUUGAGGAUACUUUGGCAUGGGCAAUGCAGGUUUUAAGCAUGAGUGAGCCAAUGUAGGAAUUCAAUUCCCCCGCGAGGUUGACCUUAUGCAGUACAGCGCUCGGAUAUUUGUCUGCGCCGCGAGUGCGUUUUCGUGUGAUUUUCAUUCGUCUCUCCGCUCUCCAGGUCGAAGGUUUAAUCUAGAAAUAGUCGCUCCUUUGGUCAACAGGACUCCAGCGACGGGACACCUCCGUGAAUUUUGGCGGUUCC